AUGAGACGACAACGAGAGAAUAGGGACCAAGACAGCCCCAAUGCUCCUCAAAAACGGCAGAAGUUCGGAGAAGACGGCGAAAGAAUGCAUUUUAAGGAUGGUACAAAUCUAGAUGUGACCAAUGACCAUCCUCCGGAAUCCUGCCCCCAUGAAAACCACCCAGAGGAGACUUUGCCACUUGAUCUGGUUCUGGAUUCGCAUAUUGAGUUGCUGUCGGACCCAAUUACAGAGGUCAGUGAAAUGGACUCUCAGCAUGUUUGUAGUCACAUACCACUACACAAUGAUAACGUGGACCCGUUCAUCGAUAUGUACGAGAAUGCUGAACUAUCUUACCGUGGCGACUUUGAUGAUUUCAGUACGAACUCGGAACCAAUCUUACACCCUAACCUCUCUCAAAUAAUGGACCAAUCCGUGCCAAUUUCCGAAUCGCAAAUCUCAAUUUCGGUGUCUCAAUCCAUUUCGGUGUCAUCAUCACAGUGCGCUCAGUCAACCCACGUAAUCCAUGGAAUAAGAGGCUACUCCAAUUCGGAAAGUCGAUGCUUCCUCUGUUUCAAUCAUUCUGGUCGAUCUCGUGUUCCGAAACCAGCCAUCAAGGAGACUUGGCUAAGGAAGAAAGUUUACAUUUCUCCGGGGUCAAGAUGCUGUCGUGAUCACCUGAUGGGCAACAUGUUCACAGAAUCAACAUUGCAACUAAUUGAGGGCACACGGGAUAAUGUGAGGGUCACAAAUUCAGAAUUAGUGGAAUGGAUAGACGUCAUCACGGAGGAAGCAAUUAGGAAAGAACUUCCAAUCAACUUCAAUGCAGACUCGAAAAUGACAUCCGAAGAAUACGAGAUUUUUACCGGGCUCAGUCGUGAACAAUUCGACUCAGUACUGCAAUACUGCCGGGAAGAUAUUCGAAAUAGUUCAGUAAGAACUAUUAGGAACGCACUUGCCAUAUUUCUUAUGAAGCUGAGAUUGGACCUCCCCCAAAGAAUACUGGCUUUUCUAUUUGGAAUUGAACACCAGUCAAGAAUCAGCGAUGUACUCAGGAGUGUCACAGCAUCGUUGGUAAAGAGAUUUGUGCCACAUUUUCUGGGAUAUAGUCCAACUCACAUCACAAGGGAAGAAAUAGCAUUAAAACAUACAUCGCCUUUUGUCAGAACUCUCAUCAAUUUGCCUCCGGAGAAUAUCUGCUUGGUUUUUGAUGCUACGUACUUGUAUCUGGAGAAAUCGUCGUCAUUCAAACUACAACGCCAAACUUAUUCCAACCACAAGCUCCGAAAUCUAUGUAAACCUAUGGUAGUCACAACCGAUACGGGAUAUAUUCUGGCAGCGGAUGGUCCGUACUAUGGGGAUAAUAACAACAAUGAUGGGAGGAUCCUCAAGUCAAUGCUGACUCCAUCACCGGGUUUGCCCACCGAAGAGUACUCUUUGUUGUCGUUUCUCCGACCUAGAGACAAGGCCACCCUAGAUCGCGGUUUCCGAGAAGCCAUCCCAAGAUUAGAAGAGUUGGAGAUCGACCACAUGAUGCCACUAUUUUUGGAGAAAGAUCAGAAGCAAUUUACCACGGAACAAGCUAAUGAGUCAAGACGAUGCACCAAGAUCAGGUGGAAAGUGGAAGGAGCUCAUGGUCGUGUGAAAGCCAAGUUUCCGAUUUUCAAUUCUGUCCUCCGAGCGCAGUACCUGGUCGGCCCGUGGCUCAAGAUUUGUUGUGCGUUCAUGAAUGCCUUCUCACCCCCUGAUCAGAACUUAUUCGCAAAUGAUGAUAAUUUAGCCGAAAACAUCAUAAAUAGAAUGCACGCUAAGAAUGACCUGCAGCAAGAAGUUGAAGAAAAUGGAUUAGACCGGAAACGGGUGAUUUGGAAGGAAGCGAGUGGGAGAAAAAUUCCUGAUUUCCCUGAACUAAGCAUCGAUGACUUGAAGACUUUGACUCUUGGGACAUAUCAAAUAAAAAUAUCUCAAAACUACACCGAGCAGCACCUCCAGGAGAAUUCCUGUUACAAGAUCAUGGUGUGCAAAGACCAGGAGAAUCUACUCAGAGCCAAAAUUCAGUCCAGGUUACGAAAAUCUGGUGGGCAUCAUCUUUGGAUUAAAUAUGUACCGCAUUUCGAGGGACCGGAAGCAAUACUUGGAUAUUAUUGCAAGUGCAAGAAUGGGGCAAGAACUGUCGGCAUGUGCAGUCAUAUUUGUUCGGUUCUCUGGUUUUUGGGAUAUUAUUUGUUCCACCCAGAACUUCAAAACCGGAGAAAAAAGAAGUCUGUGGCUUUCCUGGAUGCCUUGGCGCAGAUAAAUGAUGUUCAGGUUGAGUCACACGAGGAAAUAGAUGAAUAUUAA